AUGCACCAAGAUCUACAUGAGGUGAUAGAAAAAUCCAGAAAGGCUGGGGUUCAAGCUUUUGUUUCCGUUACAGAGCAGGAAAAUGAAUUUGAGAAAGUUAUUGGCUUAGCAGAAAGGUACCCCGGCUCUGUCAUGCCAUGCUUUGGGGUCCACCCGAUCCAGAGCGGUGCGGAGGGGCAGCGCAGCGCCACGGUCCAGGACUUGGAAUCUGCCCUCCCUCUCUUCGAGAAAUACAAAGAUAAGCUGGUGGCCGUCGGAGAGGUUGGGCUGGACUUCACGCCGUGGCUCGCACCCACAGCGCUGCAGCGCGAGGAGCAGCAGAGAGUCCUGGCACUGCAGCUGGCCCUAGCAAAACAACUGGCCUUGCCCGUGAACGUGCACUCUCGCUCAGCCGGCAGGCAAACCAUUGCCUUCCUGAAGGAGGAAGGUGUUCAAGACGCCCUGCUUCAUAAUUUUGCUGGAAGACCGUCUGUUGCCCUGGAAGGGGUACGAGUUGGCUAUUACUUUUCCUUUCCUCCGGCUGUCACAGGGCACGACCAGCGAGCGAAGUUAAUUAAGCAGAUUCCACUGGAGAACAUUUGCUUGGAGACCGAUUCCCCUUCUCUUGGUCCAAAGAAAGAGGAAAGAAAUGAACCCGAGAACAUCGGGAUUGUGUGCCGGUACAUUGCAGACGUGAAAGGAGUACCAGUGGAAAGAGUUCGUGAAGCAACAACCAAAAAUGCCUUGAAGCUUUUCCCCAAAAUUAAACAGCAUUUGAAAGAAUGA